CGCGUCGGGGGCGGGGAAGAAUGAACAGCUACGAGCGCGCGCCCGGCCCUGGAAGUGCACAGAUGCUCCCAGCACCCACUUCAGGGAUGCAUUGCAGCGUGGUGACGCAGCAUGGCAGCAACAUCUGAAGGACCUGCCGUCUGUACUGGUGGAGUGAGGAGGAAGAGGCAGUGAUGUCUGCCGUGGGGGCUGCAGCCCCAUACCUGAAUCUUCCUGGUGAUGGUCACAGUGGCCAAGUGAGUUUUCUGGGGGCCCAGCUCCCUCCUGAAGUGGCAGCAAUGGCCCAGCUCCUGGGGGAGCUGGACAGGAGCACGUUCAGAAAGUUGCUGAAGCUGGUGGUCAGCAGUUUGCAGGGAGAGGACUGCCGAGAGGCUGUGCAGCGCCUCAGAGCCAGUGUGGGCCUCCCAGAGGAGCAGCUGGGCACCCUGUUCGCAGGCGUGCACACACUGCUCCGGCAGGCCCUGCGGCUGCCCUUGGCCAGCCUGAAACCCGAGGCCUUCAAGAACCAGCUCGAGGAGCUCUGCAUCCCCCAGGACCUGACCGGCGACCUGGCCAGUGUGGUGUUCGGGAGCCAGCGGCCCCUCCUUGACUCUGUGGCCAGGCAGCAAGGUACCUGGCUGCCCCAUGUGGCCAACUUCCGUUGGCGGGUGGGUGUGGCCAUCUCCACUAGCUCCCUAGCCCGCUCCCUGCGGCCAAGCGUCCUGAUGCAGCUGGAGCUUUCUGAUGGGUCGGCACACCGCUUUGAAGUCUCCACGGCCAAAUUCCAGGAGCUGAGGUAUGGCGUGGCGCUGGUUCUGAAGGAGAUGGCGGAUCUGGAGAAGAAGUGUGACCGAAAACUCCAGGACUGAGCCCUUUGGGGCAGCGGUGUGGACGUGGUCCCAGAGCACAGCCCACUCAUCCUGGGGUUCGCGGCAGCAGAGACCCCGGAGCGUGAUGAU